AUGCUCACAUAGGGAUUUGAAGUUUAUGAAUAGACUAGCGAAUCUAAUCCAAAUAUAAUUUAUAGGCCUAUCAACUAAGGUGAUGGAUUAAUUUAUGACAACAUUAGCACAAAAGGUAAGGACUACCUAGAUAAACAUAUUAAACUUUAUAACUAUUUUAUUGUUAAGCUCAAAGAGAGGUAGAAUUAAGAAUAAACAUCUCAAUCGUAAUAACAAAAAGCUGGAUAAGAAUAAGGAAAAGAUGAAGGGUAAUUAUCUGAUAUGGAUGAUUUUAUAAAAUAAUAAUUUAAUGUGGAUGACAUCGUUAAUAGUCUAAUCAACUAGAUUCAAAAUAAUCCAUAUCCAUAAUAGACUGAGAUUAUUUUAAGAUAAUAAAUUAACAAACAAAUCUUUCAAUUUGAAUAGAUUGAUGAUAAUAGUGUCACAUUUUGUUUACUUUAUGAUAAUUAAGAAAUAUCAGAAAUUAAUUCUCAAAUUGCAACAUUCAAGGAUAUUUUCCCAAAAGAGUCAAAAAGGAAGAUUAAUAUUGUAAUUUUAAUUAAUGGUAAAGAAAACUGUAAAAAUUUCGAUCCAGACCUUGUAUCAAAAAUAAAUGUAAAAGAAAAUGAAUGUAAUAUAUGCUAUACUUAUGAAUAUAACAAGUGCAUAUUUUUAGUAAUCAAUGAAGAAUAAAGUACUAUUAGGCUAUUAAAUUGGAUUUAUAGAGGAAUCUUUAAGCAUUUUCAAUCUCAAUAUUUUUAUGUUGGUUAUUUGAGUAUUCAAAUAGGUAAAGAAAAAUUUAUAUAUAUGGAUGAAAUGAUUAUGUCACCUAAAUAUUGUGGGGCAACUGGCUAUUAUAAUUUAAUUCAUGUACAAAAUGAAAAUAAAAUUUUAACUCUUAAUUAUUCUUUUGUUGGAUAUAUGAACUAUUUGAAUUACUAAUUUUAAAUAGAUUCUUUAGCAGAGCUUAAGAGAUUUCAUGAUCCUUUCUUCGCUUAUUAUAAAUGGAACGAGCUCUAUAACGAUGUUGAUAGCUAUAUUAAAGAAUUAGAAAGUGAAAAUUAGAAAGGAAAUCUAAAUUUACAUUUAAAUUCAGUAUUACCUUUUAAUAUGUUUAAAAAGAGUGAAAAAAAAUAUUUUUUUUCUGCUGCUAGUAAUUUAGGUGAGAAGAAAAUCAUUCAAGAUAAUUAAGCUUAAAUGUUUUUGGAUUUAUCAAAUCUGAUGUAUAACAUUACUUAAUGUAAUGAUUUUGCAUUAAAUAAGCAUAGUCUUAUGUAUGCAAUCUUAUUAGAUUUAAGAAAAUUUGAAUCUAAAAUAAAAUUAGCACAAAUUUUAUUUUUGUACACCUUCUCACCAUAUCAAUUAUAUUUUUAUUCAAAUAGUUCCAGAUCAUACUUAAAAAUUAUAAUUGCAAUAGUUUGUCCAUUUUUCCUAUUUAUCCUAUUAUUAUUUUUUGUGUUACUAGUUUAAUAAUACUAAAUUGGCGUAACCAUUGUGAAAAAAAAAGUUAGAGAUUUAAUCUUGUUAUUCACUAAAAAUGAAUUAUAAAUUCUUUUUAAGUCAAAAAUUAAGAAACUAGACAAAAAUCAAAUGAAUUCCAAAAAAGAAAUUAACUUUGAAAUUGAAUAGAAAAAUUAUAAAUUUGAAAAUUUAUAUAAAGAAUUACCAACCCAAGAAUUUGAAGAAUGGAUGAGAGAUGCAUAAAGUUCUCAUGUGUAACACUCUUCAACUGAUAACAAUAUCAAUGAAGGAUUGAUGAAUGAUGGUAAUGAUGAAUAAAAUUCUAAAUAAGUAAGGAUGUAUAAACUGUCAAUCUAAAGCAUUUCAGAAAAAAAGGUUGAUAACUUUUAUGAAAAGCUAUUCAAAUAUACUUUUUUUGCAGAAAUCUUGUGCUCAGCAGCUGUAAUAGGCAACCUAAUUUACACAUACGGGAGAAAUCUAGUAUAUGAUGUUCAAGAUGAAUAACAUUUUGUCACUAUUUUUGGAAUUUUAAUUUUUAUUGCCUUUUUUAUAAUUAGAAACUUUGGGAUUAAGACAGAUUAAUGUUGGGUAUCAUUGUUAGUGCCAAUUUUUAUCUUUUUAAAUUUGCUUAUCACAACUGUUUAUUCCGAAAUGUAUCAUCUUUUAAGGAUUUAAAUAAAACCUAAAGAAUAUCUGGAAUAAGUUUAGAAAUUAUCCUAAUAUUUGUGCUUAAACAUUUUUUUUUUAAUAAUAUUUUAUAUUGUUGAAACCUCCAUGAAUUUUUAAGGUUAUAUAUUUUCCAUCAUAAUAUUUUACAAUUUGACACUUUAUUUGAUAGAUUCAUUAAUUGUCCUAGGAGCAAUAUUAAAUGGCAAAUAUAAUAAAUCUAUAUAGUCAGAAAAUACUAAAAAAGAAGGCCACGUAAAGAAAAAUGAUGAUGAAAAGUAAGAAGACGAAAAUAAAAAAGAGGAAGAAAAGAAAGAGGACAGAGAAAAGAAAAUAGAUUUAAGAUUUUAGAUACUUGAGGAAGAUUAUAAGUCAAUUGUAGAUCGUUAUAUUAAAGAUUUAAGAAUGGAACAAUAAAAGCAAAAUGAAAAUACAAGAGCACAAAUUAUAAAUCACAAAGAGUUGAUUGUUGUUGGGGAAGCAAAAUUUUCUCAUGAUCCUGCUAAUUUAAAUAAUUCUAGCGAAAUAUUUGAAAAAUGA